AUGAAUAAAUUAUUAGUACAACAAUUGGCUUUAAAAAAUAAAUUAAAAAAACAAGAAGAUAUGGAGAAUAAUAAUAAGAAAUUGUCUCCUUCAAUAAUUCCAACAACAAAUAAAAAUUCUGAAAUAACAAAAAUAUUAUCAGAAUUAAUUAAUGUUGAAAAUAAAAAAUUUUAUAUCAGAAAUUCCCGUUAUGGAAUAUCUGUUGAAUUUAUGUUUAAAAGAAAAUUGGAUGAUUUUUUGGAUAAAUCUAAUAUUAAUUUAUUAAAUUUAUAUAAAAAAUUUGAGCCUAACCCUGCUCCAGUAAAUUCAAUUGAACUCGAAGAUUUAAUGGAAGGAAGAAAUUUAAAUAAACAUGUGCCCAGUUAUUUUUUUAUGGAUUUAUAUUUGGCAAUUGAAUUAUUACGUUCUAUGCCUUUUUAUGAAGAAUUAAGUAUUUCUGAUAAGAAAUAUUUACUUUUAAAUGUUUCAAUGAUGAUUCGAACACUCGAUUCAAAUUAUUAUUCAAGUUUACUACAAAAUACACAUACAUUAACAUUACCAAAUAAUUCAACACCUAUUUUAAUGUUAAAUAAUAAAAUUAAUAAAAUUAAAAUGAGAGAUGAAAAUAAUUCUUUGAUUUUUUUAAAUACGUUUGUAAUUUUCUAUCAAAAUAUUUUUUAA